AUGGCCCUACUACCAAACAGACCUGCACCAGUAUUCAAAGGGAAGGCUGUGGUUGAUGGUGUUUUCAAAGAUAUUAGCUUAGAAGAUUAUUCGGGCAAAUAUGUUGUGUUGUUCUUCUAUCCAGCCGAUUUUACAUUUGUGUGCCCGACGGAAAUCAUCGCAUUCAGUGAUCAGGUUGAAGAAUUCCGAAGUCGAAAUUGUCAAGUGAUUGCUUGCUCCACGGAUUCUGAAUACAGUCACCUAGCGUGGAUAAACAUGGAUCGUAAAUCAGGUGGACUAGGUGAGAUGAAAAUCCCUCUGUUAGCUGACAAAACGAAAGACAUCUCCAGAGCGUAUGGCGUGCUUGAUGAAGAGGAGGGCAAUGCAUUCAGCAUCCACUGGACACAUGCGUUGAAUUCGAUUAAAUAAGCACUUUACUAAACCUCGUUUGUACUGGGCCGGACAGAAACUGUAGUGAUUUAAAUACUAUCUCGUUCAUGAAGGCUUUCUACAGAUAGAUUGUCUUUAUUGACCCAUUUUGACGUCGACUGAUCAAUACGUCUGGGAAAGACAAUCAGUUAUCGUCUUUUUCUACACUUCCCAGAGGUAUAUUACUUGGUAAUUAAUAAUGGCAAUAAUUAAUAUGCUUUCUUUAUUUCGAACCUUAAUUAUGUUUACAGUAUAGAAUUCUCAGCAUGUGAUAUUGCGUCAGUUUACCAGUUGUAGAACAUUUUUGAAAUGUACAUUAAUAACGGUACUGAUUAACAAUAUAUAAAAUAAAUAAUCACAUGACAGUUGAAAUGUUUAAUGACAUCGGAG